AUGGCUGAUGCGGAGCAGAGCAGCUGCGAUGGCGAGGUCGUCGACCUCGGCAUGCGCGGUCUUCGAAUCGCAUCCAUCUUUAUUAUUCUCGUUGCCUCCCUUGUUGGAGCUCUCACACCAGUGCUCUUGGCGCGCCAGACCAAGAUGCACGUUCCCAAAUUUACAUUCUUCAUAUGCAAAUACGUCGGUACCGGAGUCAUCAUAGCCACAGCAUGGAUGCACCUUCUCGACCCGGCAAUAGAUCAGCUGGGAGACCCUUGCGUUCAGGAUAGAUGGCUGGGCGACUAUCCCUGGGCUCUUUGCAUCGCCCUGAUGACCGUUAUGGUCAUGUUCUUCAUUGAAUUGAUGGUGGCCCGGUUCGAUGACGACGACGAGUCCGCCCAUAGCCACGGCACUCCUUCCGACUCUGGUUCGGACAUCAACGAGGUGUUGGCAAUCAAAAAAUCACCAAAGCAGCAAAAGAACAAGAAUGUUCAAGCGGAGCCCUGCCCUCACGACAUUGAGAGCCAAGGUGCUCUCCGCGGUCCCGAUCCCACGACUAUACCGGGACGGCCUGACGAUAUCAGCUACCCUCCUGGUGGCGAAGACCACCUUGCGCAUCGCCAUGAUCAUAAGGAGGGGGAUUCACACACUUCUUUGCCUGGCCAGCUGACCGCCAUCUUUAUCCUCGAGUUUGGUGUUGUGUUCCACAGCGUCUUUAUUGGACUUACGCUCGGUACCAUCGGCACGGAUAAGUUGAAAAUUCUCCUGGUGGUUCUGGUUUUCCACCAAAUGUUUGAGGGUCUAGGUUUGGGAUCCCGAAUUGCUGUGGCCAGCUGGCCGAAAGGCAAGCAGUGGCUGCCAUAUGCUCUCGCUCUCGGCUUUGCCCUGUCAACGCCAGUUGGUAUUGCAGCUGGCAUUGGUGCCAAGCCUAGCAACGCGCCUACACAAAAGCUGGUCAACGGAAUCUUUGAUUCUAUAUCCGCCGGCAUUCUAAUGUACACGGGUCUGGUGGAGCUCUUGGCUCACGAAUUCAUGUUCAACCCUCACAUGCGUCGAGCUCCGCUGAAGAUUCAGUUGUUCGCCUUUGGAUGUGUUGCGUUCGGUGUAGCUAUCAUGGCCUUGCUGGCCAAGUGGGCUUAG